AUGAUGAGUUGGGGGCGGGUGCGUUCCCACAGACAGGGGCGCGUUCUACCCCCGCCCCUUCUGUGGGAACGCCCCGCCCCCAACUCAGUCUACCCCCGCCCCUUCUGUGGGAAUGCCCUGCUCUCUAACUCAGUCUACCCCCGCCCCUUCUGUGGGAAUGCCCUGCUCUCUAACUCAGUCUACCCCCGCCCCUUCUGUGGGAAUACCCUGCUCUCUAACUCAGUCUACCCCCGCCCCAUCUACAACCCCCGCCUGGUCAGCCGCGUCCCAGUCUUCAUCCGUGUCCUGGACGUGAACGACAACGCGCCCACUCUGGCCUCCGACUACGAGACUUAUGUGUGCGAGAACGCCAAAGCCAAUCAGCGUAUCCAGACGAUCACGGCCACGGACCGCGACGAGCCGUUGGGGGAGGAAACCGCUUCUUCUUCAGUUUGGCUCAAGACGCCGCGGGGAAAAAACCAACUUCACCAGAAUGAAAAAAUAAGAAAACAAAUAUUCAAAGUGUGCACGUGUGACCGCGACGGAAACCGCAAACUGUGCAACGCGGAGGCGCUGACGGCGCGCGCCGGGCUCAGCACCGGAGCGUUGGUGGCAAUCCUGCUCUACAACACGGCGUGGAUCGUGACGCGCAGAAGCAGCUACAGCAGCCUGCAGAUGACCUCCUACCUGGUUCCCGUGGUCGUUUCAGACGGAGACUUCCCCAUGCAGAGCAGCACGUGCACGCUCACGGUCAAAGUGUGCACGUGUGACCGCGACGGAAACCGCAAAAUGUGCAACGCGGAGGCGCUGACGGCGCGCGCCGGGCUCAGCACCGGAGCGUUGGUGGCAAUCCUGCUCUGUGUGGUCAUCCUGCUCAUGAUCGUGGUGCUCUUCGCCGCGCUCAGACGCCAGCGUAAGAAGGAGCCGCUGAUCGUGUCCAAGGAGGACGUGCGCGACAACGUGGUCAGCUACAACGAUGAGGGCGGCGGCGAGGAGGACACGCAGGCCUUCGACAUCGGGACGCUCCGGAACCCCGAGGCCAUCGACGAGAACAAGCAGCGCCGCGACAUUGUGCCCGAGUCCUACUACAACCCGCCCCCCCGACGCCCCGUGUUACCACCCCCACGGGACAACAACGGAGACGUACGAGACUUCAUCAACCAGCGCCUGCAGGACAACGACCUGGACCCGACCGCGCCGCCGUACGACUCCCUCGCCACCUACGCCUACGAGGGGAACGGCUCGGUGGCGGAGUCUUUGAGCUCGUUGGAGUCGGUGACCACGGACGGCGACCAGGACUACAACUACCUGAGCGAGUGGGGCCCGCGGUUCAAGAAACUCGCCGACAUGUACGGCGGCGAUGACAGCGACCGGGAAUCUGCUCUUUCCGGAACGGCGGUCCGUGUGUGCGUUGGCGGUCCGUGUGAGCGUUGGCGGUCCGUGUGUGCGUGGGCGGUCCGUGUGUGCGUUGGCGGUCCGUGUGUGCGUGGGCGGUCCGUGUGUGCGUGGGCGGUCCGUGUGAGCGUGGGCGGUCCGUGUGUGCGUUGGCGGUCCGUGUGUGCGUGGGCGGUCCGUGUGUGCGUUGGCGGUCCGUGUGUGCGUGGGCGGUCCGUGUGUGCGUGGGCGGUCCGUGUGUGCGUUGGCGGUCCGUGUGUGCGUGGGCGGUCCGUGUGUGCGUGGGCGGUCCGUGUGAGCGUGGGCGGUCCGUGUGUGCGUUGGCGGUCCGUGUGUGCGUGGGCGGUCCGUGUGUGCGUUGGCGGUCCGUGUGUGCGUGGGCGGUCCGUGUGUGCGUUGGCGGUCCGUGUGUGCGUGGGCGGUCCGUGUGUGCGUGGGCGGUCUGUGUGUGCGUUGGCGGUCCGUGUGAGCGUUGGCGGUCCGUGUGUGCGUUGGCGGUCCGUGUGUGCGUGGGCGGUCCGUGUGAGCGUUGGCGGUCCGUGUGUGCGUUGGCGGUCCGUGUGUGCGUGGGCGGUCUGUGUGUGCGUUGGCGGUCCGAGUGUGCGUGGGCGGUCUGUGUGUGCGUGGGCGGUCUGUGUGUGCGUUGGCGGUCUGUGUGUACGUGGGCGGUCCGUGUGUGCGUGGGCGGCCCGUGUUGUGUGUGCGUGGGCGGCCCGUGUUGUGUGUGCGUGGACGGUCCGUGUGUGCGUGAGCGGCCCGUGUUUUGUUUGCGUGGACGGUCCGUGUGUGCGUGUGGGCGGUCCGUGUUGUGUGUGCGUGGACGGUCCGUGUGUGCGUGUGGGCGGUCCGUGUUGUGUGUGCGUGGACGGUCCGUGUGUGCGUGUGGGCGGUCCGUGUUGUGUGUGCGUGGACGGUCCGUGUGUGCGUGUGGGCGGUCCGUGUUGUGUGUGCGUGGACGGUCCGUGUGUGCGUGGGGCGGCCCGUGUUGUGUGUGCGUGGACGGUCCGUGUGUGCGUGGGCGGCCCGUGUUGUGUGUGCGUGGGCGGCCCGUGUUGUGUGUGCGUGGGCGGCCCGUGUUGUGUGUGCGUGGACGGUCCGUGUUGUGUGUGCGUGGACGGUCCGUGUGUGCGUGGGCGGGUGUAG